GGAAGCACUGCAGGCUUGAAUGUCGAAGUAUUGCGUGCGCUUCUGGAGUUGGGACGAAAAGUAACGCUUGUGAGAGGAGCCGAGCGGAGGAGCGUAGCGGAGCGGGCCGCGGGCAUCAUUCGCGGUCCGACUGUGGAACGGCGCGGACGACGCCUACGCGCUUCCCGGUCAUCGGACUUAACUUCCAAACGUUCGUCUUCCUUCCUUCUUGGACCACCAUGAGGUCCGGAGGAACCCCGCUAGCGGUCCUCCUGCUUGUCCUCGUGGCAUCAGUCUUGAAGGUAUCUGCGAAUGACCUAUACUGGGAAGGAGAAGAGGACGCGUCAAAUGAAUUCCUGGAAGUUAAACAUGAAGACUCAUCACUCCUCGGCGGCUUGAGUAGAACGAAACGGCAAUGGUUUGACACGUGGUGGUCGUCUCCGAAGAAAGAGGAAGAAGCGGAGACGGUCACGGAGGCUGAUCCAAAUGACAAUCCAAGUUAUGGAAAAGAUGAUGCUGACGUCGACGUUGGAUCCGGGGCACCGGAUAAGAGCGAGUUAGAGCCUAAAGAAAAGACUCUUCGUGUCACCUUCUUGGUCAUGGAGCCGUACAUCACGGCAUACUCCAACAGAGACUCGCCUGAGUUCCUGAACAUCUCGCGAUCAUUGGCGAAUGCUGUUGAUCUGCUCUUCGAAAGUCUGCCUGGAACCCAGCGCUCAAGCCUAGUCAGGAUACAAUCCCUCGUCAACGACGAUUUCCUAUGCAAGGUUACUUUGGACAUCGUGACAACCAGAAAUGAAGAUACGGACACCAUCAAAGAGAUACUUAGGAAUCACAUCAAGAAUAAUGGACGCUUGGGCGAAACAUCUGUUAGAGACGGAGACUUCAGCGCUCAGUUGAUAGACCCAGGUACAACGUUCGAAUGUGAUGAAAACGAAUUCACGUGCGACGAUAAUAUCUGUUUACCACUCACAGUUAAAUGUGACAAGCAUGCUGAUUGCAAAGAUGGCACAGACGAACUCGAGUGUCCUGAGACUCCUGAACCAACGACGACCAAGGAACCUUUACCUGAAGACGACUACGAUGAUAGGGAUGAUACAUUUGACAAUCAAAAUAAUUAUGAUCAGUACUCGUCACCACCAGACUAUCAAACGAAUUAUACCCAACCUGACGUCACCGGUAGCAGUCCAUAUGAAGCAGCAGUUCCUAUUUCAGCAAUACUGCCUACUAGUACAACUACCGUAUCUCCAGAUGACUAUUAUCAAAGUAAUAGAGGAGACUUAGGAAAUGCCGAUUCAUCUAUUGCCACUACCGAAAAUCUGCCUACGGAGCUGCCAGAGACUACAGUCAGAGUACCUGCUGUCACCGCUGCUGAAUUUGCCUGCCCCCCAACCUACAUUCGGUGUGACGUCAUGCGCUGCAUUGAACCGAACCGCGUCUGCGAUGGUGCCAGCGACUGCACUGAUGGAACUGAUGAAGCCAACUGUCCCAACCGAACAUGUGGCGACGACGACUUCCAUUGCCGUAGCGGAGCUUGUAUCGAGUCCAGCCGCCGAUGCGACAACGUCUAUGAUUGCCCAGACCAUGACGACGAAUUUGGUUGUGAUUGUCGGCCCGAUGAAUUCCGUUGCACUAGCGAUGGUAACUGCAUCGAAGAACGUAAGAAGUGCGACGGAGUACCACACUGUGCUGACGGCUCUGAUGAGUUAGAUUGCCCCACUGGCUACUUUAAAUGCAGAAAUGGCAAGAUUAUUCCCGAAUCUUUAAGAUGCAAUCGUCAUUACGAUUGUACGCCAGAAGAUUUAUCCGACGAACAGAACUGUCCUUGUGGUGCAAACGACUUCAAGUGUGGUAACGGCUACUGCAUCCCUGCAUCCAAACAUUGCGACCGCACGAACGAUUGUCAGGAUGGUUCUGAUGAACGUCAUUGCUCUUAUGGCACAGUUUGCAUGGCUUAUGAAUAUGAAUGCACGAAUGGAAUGUGCGUGCAAGCCGAUGCCAGAUGCAACGGAACGGUGGAGUGUGAUGACGGCUCCGACGAGACCAGCUGCCCCUGCAAAAGGGACCAAUACCCAUGUCGGGAUGGUUCUUGUAUAAAUAUAGCAUAUCUUUGUAAUGGUCGGGAUGAUUGCAGUCAAGGCGAAGACGAGUACAAUUGCCGUACGUCGUGUCCUCCGGAUAGCUUUACCUGCAACCCAGGCUCUAGAGUCCUAUGCGCUGGUAAAUGUAAUGGCAAUCCUGAAUGCGACGGGGGUGAAGACGAAGAAGGCUGUGAAGCCUGUGAACACGAAUGCGAUGGGCGAUGUUUACCGACGACUGACAUUUGCAACGGCGUUCGAGACUGUUCGGACGGCUCUGAUGAAGUCAGCUGUUAUCACUGUGAUCGUCCCGAUGACUUCAGAUGUGACACCGAUGAAUGUAUUCCGUACUCGUUACGUUGCAAUGGGAUCCCUGAGUGUGCUGAUGGUAGCGAUGAGAAAAACUGCAAUAAGACCAUGAUCACUAGCCCUGAACAGCAAUGCACUUUCGAACAGUUCAGGUGUCUCUCUGACAAUACUUGCAUCGACAUUAACUUCUUGUGCGAUUACCACGAGGAUUGCGAAGAUGGAUCUGAUGAAGCAAACUGCCCGUGUCCUGAAGACAGCUACCAAUGUCACAACGGUCAAUGCAUGUCAACUUCGGUGUUCUGCGACGGUCACGUUGACUGCUCAGAUGGCUCUGAUGAGGUCAACUGCCCCGAGUCCACCACCGUUCGGCUACCAGUGACUACCCGGGUCGUCUAUAAUUACCCUACAACACAAAGAUACCCCAGCAGAGUUCCUGUCAACAGCAAUGGUCCACCAGCGCUGAAACUGAUGACCUACCCAGCAAACCAGUCAGUCAGACACGUGAACUCGGGAGGAGAUGUGGUCUUCCAAUGUCGUGAUGAGGGACCUCUGCGUGCGAACGUCAGAUGGACCAAACAAGGAGGAAGUAUCAAGUCCGGCUCAACUGAUGUCCGAGGACGAUUGGAAAUGUACAAAGUUACCGAACGCGAUAGUGGAGUUUACAUUUGCCAAGCUGAUGACUACUUGAGAUUCCCUGGCUCACAAGUCCGCGUUGAGUUGCAAGUUGACAGUGCACCGGUGACCUAUGCGCCAUUCUCUAGCUGCCAACCCUACGAAGCGACUUGUGGAAACGGCCAGUGCAUCCCUAAAUCUGCCGUUUGCGACAACAACUACGACUGUGCCGACCGAUCUGAUGAGGAGAACUGCCACCACGACGGCAUGUGCGAACCCAACCAGUUCAAGUGUAACAACCAUAAGUGUGUAUUGAAGACGUGGAUCUGUGACUCCGAAAACGACUGCGGUGAUGGUUCUGAUGAACAAAACUGUGGAAGGACGACCGACGGCAGAUGCUCGCCUGCUGAAUUCAGCUGCAGUGCCGGAGACCAGUGCAUUCCCAGGAGUUUCCACUGCGAUGGACAGACUGAUUGCCAGGACGGCUCCGACGAGUAUGGUUGCAUGCCCGUGCACGUCACAAGCCCCCCGAAACCUUCGAAUGUGAAGCUGAACCCCGGCGAUACGUUGGUUUUGAGAUGCGAGGCUGUCGGAGUACCCGUCCCGUUGAUUUCAUGGCGGUUGAACUGGGGACACGUCCCACCGAAAUGUUCCUUCACCAGCGAUUCCGGCAUUGGUGUUAUUACAUGCCCCAACAUGAUGCCUGAGGAUAGCGGAGCCUACUCCUGCGAGGCUAUCAACAACAAAGGCACUACGUUCGCCGCACCGGAUUCUAUUGUAUUCGUCAAUAAGACUGACCCCUGCCCUCGUGGAUAUUUUAACAAUGAGGCACGUUCAGAGAGUGAGUGCAUCCGAUGCUUCUGUUUCGGAAAGUCCAGCCAGUGCCGUAGCGCCGAUUUGUACACUUACAAUAUGCCUACUCCUCUCGGAGAAGGUGGCACUAGACUAAUUGGAAUCAGGAACUCCCCAUCAGGAGACGUCAUUAUUGAUACGCAACCCAUAUCUAAUCAAUAUUAUUACCAACCUUUGAGGAACGGUGCAGCGGUAACCAAAAUUGACACAUCUGGAUGGCCCAGCGCACAUCCGUACUUGACGCUACCUGAAUCUUACAAUGGCAACCAGCUGAAGUCCUAUGGUGGACACAUCAAGUACACUGUGUCACCACACACCCAAGUUUAUGGUUUCGAUGACAGCAUACCGACAAUCAUUAUCAAGGGAAAAUAUGGCAAUCUGUUCCACAUUAGUCGUGCUGGUGGUUCCCGAGACUUGAACAUUGAGGCCCGUCUGACACCCGAAGACUGGUUGAAGAACAGCUCUAGUGGCUACACACCUGCAACCCGAGAAGAUAUUAUGAUGACCCUCGAUGAAAUCGAAAUGAUCCUCCUACGCUCAGACCUCAACAACGCCGGAGUAAAUAUUUCCGACUUCGCUAUGGAAUCUGCUGAACAUAUCAACGUUGGUCUCGGUGCCGCCAGUCUGGUGGAAGAGUGUACCUGCCCCAAGGAGUACGUUGGACUUUCUUGUCAGAAAUGCGCGUCAGGCUAUAUUCGCAAGAAGGUUGGCCCUUGGCUCGGUGACUGCAUGCCCGAAGAAUGCCCACCAGGAACCUACGGUGAUCCAGCCAGCGGCAUACCUUGCAAGCAAUGCCCAUGCCCCUUGACUAACCGCGAAAACCAAUUCGCCAGGACUUGCUCACUAGGACCCGAUGGAAGCGUAUAUUGUGAUUGCUUCCCUGGUUAUGAAGGCAAGCACUGUGAGGUGUGCGCCCCUGGCUAUGAAGGUAACCCAAUGAUUCCUGGAGACUCCUGUAAACCCGCUCGAAGGGACAACUGCAACCCUACUGGUACCAAGGUCAUCCGCCCACCAGAUGAGUGUGUCUGCAAAGAGAACGUGCAGGGACGCUUCUGUGACCAGUGCAAGAACGACUCCUUCUACUUGUCCUCAGACUUUAGGCAUGGAUGCGCACUUUGCUUCUGUUCGGGUGUCUCGCAACAAUGUAUGAGCAGUAACCUGCGCCGUAAGACAAUCAGUGUACAGUUCAACGUACCUCAGAUCGUGGAUCAGGUGAAGAUCUACAACAUCUCCCCAACUGGACCACCCGGCUCUGUCAGAUACACAGCACCAGUCGAAACUGAACUCAAACCUCAACUGUACAGGGGUGAUAUUUCCUUUGAUCAACUUGACCGCUCACAAUCCACUAUCUACUACUGGAGUCUGCCUUCCAGCUUCGCUGGUGAUAAGGUGACAUCAUAUGGUGGUUCACUAAACUAUGUGUUGAAGAACGUACUGAACUCACCCGAUGCGAGAUACAGGAAUACCGCAGCUGAUGUUCAAUUGAUUAGCAAAAACCGCCUGACAUUCCACUAUUUCGGUGAUUUCAUAGCAUCUCAUGAAGGUAUUCUGAACGCCAGUGUACAGUUCCUUGAAAAGGGAUGGCAGAGACCUGAUGGCAAGGAGGUGUCUCGUGAGCACUUCCUUCUCGCUUUGGCUGACGUAAAGACAAUCUUGAUCAAGGCUACUUAUGCUCCUGGCACGGAAUUUGCUUCACCAGUCAGUGCCAGUAUAGAAACUGCAGAACCAGACGGUUACGGACCCACUGCUUUCCACGUGGAACAAUGUAUGUGUCCCCCUGGUUACGUCGGAACUUCCUGCGAAGACUGCGCACCUGGAUUCAAGAGGAGCUCAAGUGGUCUUUACUUGGAACUCUGUGAGCCAUGUGAAUGUAAUGGAAAAUCGAACAUGUGCAAUCCAGAAACCGGAGUGUGCUACGACUGUGCUGACAAUACUGAUGGUGAUGAGUGCGAACUAUGCAAGCCUGGAUACGAACGGGAUCCUUACGGAAACUGCGUUGAACUGCGCUCUAGCACUGUGCAGCCAUGCCGAUGCGACCCCCGUGGAACAACUGCUCCCUGUGACAGUAGUGGCAACUGCUUCUGCAAACAGAACGUUGAAGGUGAUUCCUGCGACCGUUGCAGACCUGGUUCCUUCGGACUUGACGCUAACAACCCUAACGGAUGCCUGUCUUGCUACUGUUCUGGCGUUUCUUCUGAUUGCCACGAAGGCAACCACUUCACAAGGGUACCAAUCGCAGCGCCGGUACUUGGUGAAAACUACGGAGGAUUUACAAUCACGGAUUUGAACGCCGAGAGAGUGACCCAAGAUAACUUCCAACCGAUGUUCCAACAAAGCGAGCUGGUCUACACUUUCGCCUUCAGACCUGAUAUUGAGCUGUACUGGUCACUACCUAUCUUCCCUGGUAACCGAGUUCUCUCGUACGGUGGUACUAUCUCUUUGAGACAGAAAUUCAAUUCUAACGUAUAUUCGAUGUCUGAGCGUGGAACCGACGUCGUUCUCGACGGUGGUGACAUCUCUAUCUACUGGACCAACCCCAACCAGUUCCCAGUUGGAGUUUCUUACAGCUACCAAAUUCCUCUGAAAGAAGAAGGAUGGUACAUCUUGAACACCGUUACUCCUGCAACUAGAAGCAACUUCAUGAGUGUGCUUAGGAACCUGAAGAGAGUGCUAGUGCGAGCCACAGUUGUCCCCAUUAUCGAUGACACAACUAUCGCCGAUGUUUCUAUGGACACAGCUACCGAAAACUACGACCCGAUCCUUCCAGCUGCCAAGGGCAUUGAGAUCUGCAUGUGCCCGCCCGGUCACUCCGGAACCAGUUGUGAGAGCUGCAAACCAGGCUACUACAAGGACCAACGUGGUAACUGCCAGCAAUGCCCAUGUAACGGAAAUGACUGCCAGCUCAACAUCCAGGGACAAGUUGUGUGCAACUGUCAGCCACCAUACACUGGCUACGAUUGCUCAACUAUCGGAUUGAUAAUGGAACUACAUCCGACUAUCCACGAAGCUGGUGACGACCCUUACUCAAGAAAGGUGACGUUUACAUGCAAAUACCGUGCACCUGAACCGCUCACUAUAAAGUUCUACCAUGAGGGCGCGGAACAAGAUCCUCCAAAGUAUUAUUACGAAGCGAGACUCCACAAGGAUGGAUGGCACUCAACUCAUGUCUGGCAUACCGUCUGGGACACCAGACGACAAGGGGAUACUUACGAGUGUCAUACUAUCACCGAAAAGGGAUUCACCCUCGGUGUACUGACCACCACUUUGCCGGAGCCAGGCGGUGAAUCGUCAGUAACACCGGUACCUGUUCCGCAACCAGAACCAACAGUCGAGGUGAUGAUCACCAGCCCAACCAUAAAGAUCCAGGAAGUCGGCAGCAGCGUUAACUUCACUUGCCGAGCCCAAAGUCGUAACUCGAGAAUGCGUUUGCCUGUUAGAUGGAUCAAGAGCGGAGGAGAGCUACCUCUUGGUCGCUACCAAAUUGAUGAAAAUGUCGGUCUCCUUCUAAUCACCAAUCUGCAGGUUUCCGAUAGCGGCAAAUACAUUUGCGAAACCAAUGACGGAGUCAACACGGCCCAAGCUAUUGCUACCCUCAAAGUGCCUGGAAACGAAAUGACUAUGCCAAGCGUCGAAAUAUACCCGCCAGUAAACGACUAUUAUGAAGGAGACUUCGUUCAGUUGGAAUGCCGCGUCAGAGGCAACCCCACUCCUACAAUCAGGUGGCAAAGAGGAUCUAACCAACUCCUCCCAUUGUCUUCAACGUAUUAUGACACCCGAUUUGAAAUUGAAAGUGCUCGUGUCGAAGAUUCCGGUGAAUACAGAUGCAUUGCCAGCAACACUGUUGGAUCUGCUGACCGCACAGCAGUAAUCACGAUUCGUCCUCGCCCACCGUGGCAGCCAAGUGACAAACUUACUGUCUCCAUUCCAACUCCAACUGUCGAUGAAGGCCAGAGCAUAAUGAUUGCUUGCACAGGCACUACAAACAUCCCAGCAGGAUCUAUCGACUGGGUCAGAAAAGACAAUGCGGUGUUCCUAUCAAACGUGAGGUCAGAAAAUGGUGUUCUGUACAUUGAUUACGCACAGCCAGACAACCAAGGGGUGUACAUUUGCCAGUCAACUUUGUCCAACGUAUCACCCGUACAAGUACUUGUGACUGUUGUACAGGCAGAACCAGUGACAGAAACUUACAACAUCUCAGCAUCGGUAGACCGUCUGAAGAUCCCGACUGGUGGAAGUGGAACUGUUGAUUGCAACGUCUCUGGACGCCCCACCCCACUUAUUAAAUGGACGAAGCACGAUGGCUCCCUCGGAUCUGAUGCCAGUCAGCGCGGUAACACGUUGAUCAUAAAUAACGCAAAGGAGAGCGACCAAGGAUACUAUCUAUGCGAGGCCAGUGUUGGUCCCAACGCGGUAGCCAAUUUAUAUGUUUUCGUUGAAAUUGAAAGACGUGAACCACCUAGAGUAGAGAUUUGGCCACCAGAAGACAAGGUCCAGGCAGUGCAAUUAGGAGGAGAACACACAUUGAUCUGCCGAGUUCUUGGAGGCAUUCCUGAGCCAGAUGUCACGUGGAAUAGAAAUGGAGGACGUCCUCUUUCCAGAUUUACAGAAAUCCGUCCCCAUCAUGAACUUAAGUUUACCAAAAUCGAAGUGAACGAUGAAGGCGAAUACACGUGCACGGCACGUAACGAUGCUGGAACUGCCAGCGCUAGUGCUAUUAUCAAAGUAAGGGCCCUCCCUGAGAUCACUAUCGCCCCCAACCCCUACGUGCAAGUCUCCGCUGGCGAGAGCAUCAACAUCGAGUGCAGAGCUAACGGAUACCCCGAACCUGUAGUCUCCAUCCAAUUGGGCGAUUACCGUGAUGUUGCUCCAGCCGCCUCUGGCCACACCUCGUUGCGCAUAGCGUCAGCUAAAGAGGAAGACAGCGGAUUCUACACAUGCACAGCUACCAACGCUGCUGGUACUACUAAAGAGCAGUUCAGAGUGGUGGUGGAUAGAGGAGAUGGUGGUGACGACGGAGGUUUUGACUAUGGAAGCGGAGACGGCGAAAUUGAUCCUGACGCACCUAGAUAUCCUCCAAGACCAGACGAAGUCCCAAGCAACCUAAUCACCAUUGAAGGACAACCAGAAACUAUCUUAUCUUGCCGUCAACCUGGCGACAAUGUGAGGUGGGAUCGUGCUGAUAGACAGCCUCUUCAACCAAACGCAACUCCUGACCGAUCAAGACUUAUUAUCUACAAUGUCUCGAAGAGCGACUCUGGAGAGUACGUCUGCAACAUUUACAACCAAUUUGGCGAAGUGCAGCAAUCAAUCUACACUAGUCUAGUUGUAGUCACUGCACCAAAGAUUACUCUGCGCCCACCAAUACAGACCGUGCACCCUGGGCAAUCACCAAUUGUUGAAUGUAUCGUUGAAGGUGACGAUAUUAUUGAUAUUACAUGGAUACCUCACAACAGGCAACCUUCAAACCGUGUGGAUACUCGGUCCUCUAGACUUAUCUUCAACCAGAUCGAGGUUGAAGACGCCGGCCGAUACGAAUGCUUCGCUCGAAGCAGAUACGCUAACGCAAGCGCCAUCGCCGAGGUCGUUGUAAGCGAAGAUUCGGAUCAUACGGCGUCCGUGUCGCACGACAAUGAGCAGAGGGCACACGUCGGCGCCGCUGUGCACCUCAGCUGCAACGUGUCCCAACCGAACGUCCGCAUCGUGUGGUCCAAGGAUGGAAGUGCGCUCCCCCGAUCAGUGAGACAGAAGCAAAACGGGACGCUCUACAUUCGUCGCGCGCAAAAGUCCGACUCUGGCAAAUACGUUUGCAGUAUUCAAGAUCUAUAUAGAAGAGUAAUAACUAGCAAUUACAUCAACCUGCACAUCCAGGGUUUUAAGUGCUUGGAUACAGAAUAUCCUUGUAACGACAACAGUGCUUGUAUAGACGAAAACUUACUAUGCGAUGGAUACAGCCAUUGUCAAGACAAUAGCGACGAGGAAAACUGCUUGUGGCGAGAUAGACGUUACUUGGAGGGAACACGGACCAAGUACCUCUCACACGAUGGACCUCGAGAACCGACCUCUGAAUCACAACGAUUAGUAUCAAUUGAUCAACCACGAAGGCAAUUUAGAGUUGGAGAUAAUGUAGACGUGCUGUGCAAGGCGAGGUCUGGUAACAUCAGGCUGCAGUGGCUGCGCGUCGGAACCAACCAAUACGUAGCCUCCUUGACAUAUGGCGAUGGAGUAAGGCUGUCUCUGACCGGAGUAACCAACAGUGACGCUGGCGUUUACCGCUGCAUUGGCAGUGACGAUCGUGGCCGAACAUUCUAUGAUGACUUCAACCUUGAAGUUGAAUCAAGCGGACCAUUCUACCCAGACAACAGGGACGUAUCAGUUGCCCAAUACACCGCUCACCUGCGUGACUCAGUUGACCUACCGUGCAUUCACAACUUGGAACACCCUGUAACUAUCGAGUGGAGACGCGAAUUCUCCGCUCUGCCUGCCGAAAUCCGCGCUGACCAGCCCAACCUCUACCUGAACUCUGUGACUGAGGCGGACGCUGGUACCUACGUGUGCCGCGUCAGCAACAGCCGCGCCACUGUCGAAGCUCGCGCUAUCUUGACUGUCACUGGAGUAGUUCCACGUUUCAAUGGAGAUAGCUUCGUCUCACUUCCAACUUUGAGGGAUCCUUACCAACAGUUCGACAUCGAAAUAUCGUUCAAACCCGCCGACAACAAUGGACUGAUCCUCUACAACAGUGAGAACCAAGGACGCGCGGGUGACUACAUUGCUCUGCACCUUAGGGACGGUAUACCUGAGUUCAUCAUGGACACCGGCACUGAACCUCUGAUUGUAAAGGGAGAUCGCCCUCUGCAAUUGAAUGCUUGGCACACAAUAAGGGUGUCCAGAACCAAAUCUAAGGUAACAAUGGACGUCGAUAACACCGGACCAUUCAUUGCGGAAUCUCCUGAGCAGUGGGUGGUGCUUGAACUGAAGCAGCCUCUGUACAUCGGAGGAGUGCCUGACUACGACCAACUGCCUAUUGAGCUAGCUGGAACAUCUGGUUUCAUCGGUUGCGCUAGCAUGCUCAUUUUGGGCAGAGAAGAAAAAGACAUCAUGAUGGACAGUCUGGAACGCAGCCGCGUAAGCGAAUGUGACUCCUGUUCUCCCAACCUUUGCUUGAACGGAGGAGUAUGCCAGGAGGCCCGUAACGAACGUGGUUAUAGUUGCAUUUGCGCGUCAGGGUAUGCUGGAGUAAACUGCGAUAGGACAGGUGAUGCUUGCCGUCCAGGACUAUGUGGGCCUGGCAAGUGUACCGACACCGUUGACGGAUACAAGUGUGCUUGCCCCGUCACACACACUGGCAGAAACUGCGAGGAAAAACAAUCGAUUGAGUACCCAGCCUUCACUGGUAGCGCAUAUUUGGCGAUCAAGCCACCAGCACCCUCCCGAACAUUGAGGAUGUCAAUGAGGAUCAAGGCAGCAUCUCCCGUCACUGAUGGAAUCAUCAUGUAUUGUGCUGAGUCACCUCGCGGAUACGGAGGAUUCACGUCUCUGGCUGUCCACGACGCCAGGCUUGAAUUCCGCUACGAUCUUGGAGGAGGAAGCGUACCAGUUGUCCUGGUCAGCAACAGGACCCUCUCAGCUAACGAAUGGACAACCGUUCACAUUGCUCGUGUAGGCUCUGUAGUCUCUCUGCGCAUUAACUCUGUACAUAGCUUCGAGCAGCAACUCGAAUCACCGAAACGGGAUCUUAACUUGGAUACUCCGAUCUUCGUGGGUGGUGUGGACGACUCAAUCACCCUGAACAACAACACCGGAGUUACUGGAGGGUUCAACGGAUGUAUCGCUGACUUCAAGUUGCAUGGUGAAGCUGUGGACAUCGUUAACUCAACUAUUCAAUCAGCGAACGUGAAAGAAUGCAAUGCGUACGUUCGUGGUGACAUCCCUGAUACUGAGAUCGGCUGCCAAUGCCACAACGGUGGAUCCUGCACAACUGACUCCUCAACUUGCGCCUGCCCCGCCGGUUUUGGAGGUUCUCUCUGCGAGAAUCGCGUACCCUCCUCCAUGAGGUCCUCUCGCCAGCCGCCUAGCGAUCCUUGCGCGAUGCGACCUUGCCGCAACGGAGGAACCUGCCGACCUGACCUCAGCUCCAGAAUGAACCACACCUGUGACUGUCCUCUCGGAUACGCCGGCACUUACUGCCAAAUUGCUCUUGAAUUACACCACAGCGUCGGUUUCAACGGCAACGGUUACCUAGAACUUCCCGCAAAUCUCAUAAGAUACGAAAACUUAGACGUAGACCCUGUUAUCAUUGCCCUCGCCAUCUUCACCAGCCAGGAUGGUGUGUUGGUGUACCAGAAGGAAGCCCAAAGCCCACCAUACUACGGUGACUACAUUCUACUGAGAAUUGAGAAUGGCAUUGUCAAAUUCGAAUGGGACAACGGUGGUGGCAAGUCUGAGCUCGCAGUGAACGCCUUCGUCAAUGACGGAGUUCGACACCAGGUUAUCGUCAAAAUGUUGGAGGAUGGCCAGGUGAUCCUAUCAGUCGACGGUAGCGAAAACUCUGGAUACAGUUCUGGCAUCUCCAACCUCAUGAACGCUGACUCAAAUAUUUACCUUGGUGGUAUACCUGACAGCAUCAACCAGCAGGGAUACCCUGGCUUCACUGGUUGCAUCCACCAAAUCGAGCUGAUGAACUCGGACCGAGGCUUGAACCUUGGACAAGUUGCUGUCACUGGAAGGAAUACGCAGCGAUGCAAGGAGUCAAACAGAUAUAUUUAAAGUAACCUCACGAACGACAAUCGAUAACAUAAUCAAUCCUCUACAAUAGCACAAUACUAUGUAAUAUAUAAUAUAAAUUUUCUCAUUAAACAGUAUAAUCUUUAACUUUCAAUUGGUACGAUGUGAAGAGACCAUUUUGAAACAAGAUUACUACUAGUUGUUUUCAAUAAAUAUAAACAAUAAAUGUUGUAUUAGUACUAA